CGUGCAAAAUAUGGUGCUUUCGUACCUAUUACUCUUCUCCAGGAUAAUGCUAAGCUACAACACCGACGUCAUAAUUCUUACCACCCUGCUCGCUCUGUAUCUCCCAAUCUCGAGCUUCUAUAAAACUUUGCAGGAAACUGCUCUUUUAAAUCCGGAAUGUUUUUCCAUAACAAUGAGCAAAUAUUCUGACAUUUGUAAACUAAUAGGACUGGUCAAUUCCGCAUUCUCGAGGUUGAUGUUAACCUACGUUUUGGAGGCCUUCACCUUUUACUCGGUCUACCUCAAAGAACUCACCGUAUUCGACGGAGAGUGCAUUUACAUGCAGUGCAAAAUGGGGUUCCUUUUCUUCUCAUUCUGUUCCGUGUUUUAUCUUUGUGGAGAAAUAUCAAGUUUGAUGGAGAAAUCCAAAUUCAUCCUAAUCAACACUAAUUCUUCUGGGAUUAACCAGUUGAAUCUUGUAAAUCUUCGGAUACAACUCUCCAGCCAUUUCUAUGGGAUCAGUGGCAAUGGAUUCUUUCUCAUUAAUUACUCCUUUAUAACGACGCUUUGCAGCACAUUAUUGACAUAUUUUAUCAUUAGUGUUCAAUUCCAGUCAAGAGUUGUCUAA